AUGGCGAGCGCUCCCCAGAACGUUUUCCACUUCAAGCUGGUGCUGCUGGGCGAUGCCUCCGUGGGGAAUUGUCUUUGUGUCCUCGGCCGGCACUCUCUUCACUCCACCAAGUGGAGCAUGAAUGUGGAGUGCUGGCUGCAUGGCAUCCAUGUCUUGAACUUUCGAAAAGACGCAGUCGGCCGUUCCCAGCGGGGAGUCAAAGCAUGGACGCCAGGCUCAGACCCACUUCCCAGGGAUGGCGUGGCACGCCGGAAUGCCCUGGAACAUCUCGUGCAGUGCGUCGCCGAAGCUCAUCCACCAUCUAUGCAACAGGACCUUGGUGCGUGGAGCAACGACUUGGAAGGUCUGCGCAGGAACAGCACAGCACAGCAGCUCUUCUUGUGCAAAGACUGCAUUGAGUGGAGGGCAUCCAAGCCUCAUGUGCUGGCUGCGUUGCUGUUGGCCGACGUCCACUGGGCGCCUGUCAAGCCUAGGCACGGUCUUGGACAGAAUGAUCCCAGCCACAUCGUUUUGGUGGCACCACGUUUCACCAAGUCAAGGUACGCGAACUGCAGGAACGGUGUGCAGGUCUGGUUCUUGUGCGUCAAAGGCGCCACAAGUACAGUUCUGCAGCACUUCCUUUUCCAACUGGGUCGACGUGGCGCCUUGCGUUGGGAGCUUCCGGACAGCUUCAAGAUCUCGCGAGAUUGCCAAGGACAAGGUGGUCAAGGAGCCGUUUUUUCGGGCAUUACACUUCUCCCAACAGCGGCUGAUGGUAUCAAUGUCUUGCAGGAUGCAAAGGAUUUUAUGCAACUUCUUCAUGUCCACGACUUCGCGGCGGUGGCGGCAAAGGUCUGGACCAAAGCAAGCCACGACGAUGUAGUCAAAAAGGAAGCGCAGUUUAUGCAGGCGGCAGCAGGCCACCCGAACGUCAGCACUUUGUUGGGGAUGUUCGCGGCUUCCGUCCGAGGCUCGGACGAAGCCCGUCCCGAGAUCCGCUGGGUUAUGGUGAUGGAGCUCUACUCAGGGGGCGAUGUGCACGAACAUGCAAUGUCCUCGAGGAUCAACAGGCAAAGCCUGACCGAAAUCAUCCUGGGUACUACCGCAGCUCUCACUCACCUGCAUGCGCUGAAGAUCGUGCAUCGAGAUGUGAAGGCCGAGAAUAUCGUUGUCCGGGACGACCACUGCGUCCUGAUUGACUAUGGGAUCGCAGCUUAUGUUCACGACAGCCGGGCCAUGCGGGAAUGCGUGGGCUCACCAGGGUACGCUGCGCCAGAGGUGGUGACUGGCUCGGAGUACAACGAGAAAGUCGACAUCUUCUCGCUGGGUGUUCUGCUACACUUCCUCAUCUUCAAGUCGCUUCCGUUCCGGGGAGCCGGGACCAAGGAGAUUCUGGAAGAGACUGCUCGAUGUAUCCUGCGACUGCCCCCGCUACCUGCAGACGAAGUGUUCCUGAAAUACGUCGACAUGAUGAAGAUGCUUCUCGAGAAGAGGCCGAAGGAUCGACCAUCCGCGGUGGACUGCUUUCACCUCACCAGGGACAUCAUCGGUCCUUGUUGUGAGGCAUGGCCGGCUUUUCAGAUUUCUAUGGCCGCCAUGGUGAAGCAAGGCGCUGUGAAGGAUCCUCAAGAUCCCAGGAUCAACCACUUCAUGCAUGGCUCCGAAACCGGAGAACCCGUUCAGCCCGCGCGGCGUGCGGAUAUGAGCAGUGUGACGCGGGUUCUACAAAGCGUUGCCAGGAGAGCACACGACAGCUCCACCCACCUCGUUCUCAGGGUUUCCACGAAUGUGGCUCGAGGAAUGCGGCAUGUUCCAGAGUUCUUCCGAAACGUCGGCAACAGCAUCCAGAUGAGCCCCGUGCCCAGCGAGAGCUUUCGUGAGCUCCGGUCCAGGAUCUUCUCAAACACUUCAAGCCGAAGAUCCUCCACGGAACGCUCGGUGGACAGUGUCGUGGCAGGGGCAGCGCAGUCAGGUGUACAGUCAGAUGUACCGAUCAGCCACAGCCAGUCAGAGGUGGUCCAGCGUUCUCCGGAUUCGAGGACAGCAGGGAUAGUAAAUGUUAAACAGUUUAAACACAUAAUCCCCUGCCCAACCCUGCUUACCUUUGGUUAG